CGGCGUGAUAUCCUUCCGCGGGAGAGAAGCGUGCGGCCCUUUCCCUCGCGACGACACAGGAUGCGAACGGGCGGCGGUUCUUCAACAUCCGCGUGAAAAAAACGCCGCGCCGUUACCGGGUAACUCCCGCCGAUUUCCGCACCGACCGAAGCUCCGUGGACGAAAUAUAAUCUGGUGUGAGCGCAGCAAGGUAACCGAAAGUGUGUAGCUAAGGACGGCGAGAAGAGCGAGUGAGACGGUGGACGGAAUGGAGCUCAUCACUAUUCUAGAGAAAACCGUCUCUCCAGAUCGGAAUGAACUGGAGGCGGCACAGAAGUUUCUGGAGCAGGCGGCGGUAGAGAAUCUGCCCACGUUCCUGGUGGAGCUGUCUAAAGUGUUGGCGAACCCCGGUAACACUCAAGUGGCUCGAGUGGCCGCCGGUCUGCAGGUGAAGAACUCUCUGACCUCCAAAGACCCAGACGUGAAGACUCAGUACCAGCAGAGAUGGCUGGCCAUCGACGCAAACGCUCGCCGAGAGAUCAAGAACUACGUUUUACAGACUCUGGGUACAGAGACGUACCGGCCCAGCUCGGCCUCGCAGUGCGUCGCCGGCAUCGCCUGUGCCGAGAUCCCCGUCAACCAGUGGCCCGAGCUGAUCCCCCAGCUGGUGGCCAACGUCACGGACCCCUCCAGCACGGAGCACAUGAAGGAGUCCACGCUGGAGGCAAUUGGCUACAUCUGCCAGGACAUUGACCCGGAGCAGCUGCAGGAGAACGGCAAUCAGAUCCUUACGGCCAUCAUCCAGGGCAUGAGGAAGGAGGAGCCCAGCAACAACGUGAAGCUGGCAGCCACCAACGCGCUGCUCAACUCGCUGGAGUUUACAAAGGCCAACUUUGACAAGGAGACGGAGAGACACUUCAUCAUGCAAGUGGUGUGUGAAGCGACGCAGUGUCCCGACACCAGAGUGCGUGUGGCGGCCUUACAGAACCUGGUGAAGAUCAUGUCUCUGUACUACCAGUACAUGGAGACCUACAUGGGCCCGGCUCUGUUCGCGAUCACCAUCGAGGCGAUGAAGAGCGAUAUCGAUGAAGUGGCCUUGCAGGGCAUCGAGUUCUGGUCCAACGUGUGUGACGAGGAGAUGGAUCUGGCCAUCGAGGCCUCAGAGGCCUCAGAGCAGGGACGGCCCCCCGAGCACACCAGUAAAUUCUAUGCCAAAGGGGCCCUACAGUACCUGGUCCCCAUCCUGACCCAGACCCUCACCAAACAAGACGAGAACGACGACGAUGACGACUGGAACCCCUGUAAGGCAGCGGGCGUGUGUCUCAUGCUGCUGGCCACCUGCUGUGAGGACGACGUGGUUCCUCACGUGCUGCCGUUCAUCAAAGAACACAUCAAACACCCCGACUGGCGCUACAGAGACGCCUCCGUCAUGGCCUUUGGAUCCAUCCUGGAAGGACCGGAACUCAACCAACUCAAGCCCCUGGUCAUACAGGCGAUGCCCACCCUGAUCGAGCUGAUGAAGGACCCCAGCGUGGUGGUCAGAGACACCACGGCCUGGACGGUGGGGAGGAUCUGUGAGCUGCUGCCCGAGGCGGCGAUCAACGAGGUGUACCUGGCGCCCCUUCUGCAGUGCCUGAUCGAGGGCCUGGGGGCGGAGCCUAGGGUGGCUUCCAACGUCUGCUGGGCAUUCUCGUCUUUAGCUGAAGCAGCCUAUGAGGCCACGGAUGCUGCAGAGGACCAGGAGGAGCCCAGCACCUACUGUCUGUCCUCGUCCUUUGAGAUCAUCGUACAGAAGCUCCUGGAGACCACAGACCGACCCGACGGCCACCAGAACAACCUGCGCUCUGCCGCCUACGAGGCUCUGAUGGAGAUCGUGAAGAACAGCGCUAAGGACUGUUACCCCGCGGUGCAGAAGACCACCCUGGUCAUUAUGGAGCGGCUACAGCACGUCCUUCAGAUGGAGUCUCACAUCCAGAGCACGUCUGACAGAAUCCAGUUCAACGACCUGCAGUCGCUGCUGUGUGCCACUCUGCAGAACGUGCUGCGUAAAGUGCAGCAUCAGGACGCCCUUCAGAUCUCAGACGUGGUGAUGGCGUCAUUACUGAGGAUGUUUCAGAGCACCGCCGGCUCCGGGGGGGUCCAGGAGGACGCUCUGAUGGCAGUGUCCACUCUGGUGGAAGUUCUGGGCAGCGACUUCCAGAAAUACAUGGACGCCUUCAAGCCUUUCCUGGGCAUCGGCCUGAAGAACUACGCAGAGUAUCAGGUGUGUCUGGCAGCCGUGGGUUUGGUGUGUGACCUGUGCAGAGCUCUGAUGUCCAACAUCCUGCCUUACUGUGACGAGAUGAUGCAGCUGCUGCUGGAGAACCUCGGGAAUGAGAAUGUCCAUCGCUCCGUUAAGCCUCAGAUCCUCUCGGCCUUCGGAGACAUUGCUUUGGCCAUCGGGGGGGAGUUCAAGAAGUACCUGGACAUCGUCCUGGACACGCUGCAGCAGGCCUCCCAGGCCCAGGUGGACAAGACGGACUACGACAUGGUGGACUACCUGAACGAGCUGCGGGAGGGCUGCCUGGAGGCCUACACCGGCAUCAUCCAGGGCCUGAAGGGGGACCAGGAGAACGUGCACCCGGACGUGAUGCUCGUGCAGCCGCGGGUGGAGUUCAUCCUCUCAUUCAUCCACCACAUAGCCGAGGACGAAGACCACUCUGACGGAGUGGUAGCAAACGCCGCCGGGCUCAUCGGCGACCUGUGCGCCGCCUUCGGUAAAGACGUGAUGAAGCUGGUGGAGGUCCGUCCGCUCAUCAACGACCUGCUGACGGAGGGACGGCGCUCCAAGACCACAAAGACCAAGACGCUGGCCACCUGGGCCACCAAGGAGCUCCGUAAGCUCAAGAGUCAGGCCUGAUGGUUGCGGUCGGUUUGAGGCACCCUGAGGUGGACGAGGACAAACUGCCCCCUGCUGGAUUUAAGUCGUCUGUCUUUGAUCCGGUCAAAGCAGAAGUGACGUGAGACGAGUGUGAGAGCGAGAGACAAUGACAUCACACCACCGCCCCGGCCCCUCCCCCCGCUCACUCACACACACACACACACACACACGCGCACACACACACACCCCUCUUGUGAGGGGGUUAGUUCAAACCACGACGAGAACGAUAAACUGAGCCGACGUCUGGAAAACUUUAGAUUUGUGUUGCUCUUAUCUUUCUUCUUCCUGCAAGCACUGAGGUGACGGAGAAGCCUCCACCCGUUCUGCUCGCCGCUCUUAUCCGAAAAAACGCACUAAAAGUCCUACAAAGUAAAAGAGUGCCAAAUGGAGAACUCGAGGAGUGGAAAUGAGCUGCUAGUUUUCAUUUCCCUGCUGCACUUGUUUUGGGGGAAAAGGGUCACCACCAUUUUUGCUUGUUUGAAAAGAAGAAAAAAUUGAAGUUUGUAAAAGGUUAUAUUUUUCCAUUGCUACGGUGAAAUAAAGUGAAGAGAAAAAGACUUUAAAAUUAUCUAAAACAUUCCCAAAGCAGUUCUGGUGAUUUGGGUGUUUACGCCACAAACAACCAUGUUGUUGUUUAACUCACCUGGUGGUUUGUUUGGUAGCAGCGGCCUCGUCUCAGCGCUUCACCUUCCGUCUGGGGACCAUGAACGCAACACUUCCUGGUUCUCAGAACCAAGUUCUCAUCCAGUUGAAAGUGAAGACCAGCAGAGCUUUUUCUUGUGGAGCUGCUUCCGCGCCGUGAGGAGGAGGAGGGACUUCCUGUGUUGACAUGAUGGACAUGGACACUUGAUUACUGAAUUGUGAAUCAUUUAAAGUCAAUCUGCUUUUUAUUUCAACUUUAGUGAUCUAAUAAAGUCUAUAUUGUACUGAA